AUGGCUCUAAUGGUUCACCUGAAGACGGUCGCCCACCUUCGGGGGAAAGGUGAAAGGAUCGCCAAAGUUACAUUCAGAGGUCUGUCCUUCUACAGCCAAGUAGCAGAGAACCGUGAGGAGGUGGCUCACUUUAAUGAGACAUUUCGGUGGCCAAUUGCCAGCAGGCUGGAUGGAAACGAGAUGCUGGAGAUCCAAGUGUACAAUUACAGCAAAGUCUUUUCCAACAGACUGGUGGGGACUUUCUGCAUGGUACUUCAGAAGGUGGCUGAGGAAGGACACCUAGAGCUGACUGACACACUCAUCGACGAUAACAACACAUCAAUAAAGACCAGCAUUACCAUUGAAAUCAGAUACCAGCCAAUGGAUGGCACAGUGGGUGUGUGGAGUGACGGGGAGUUUCUGGAUGUUCCUGAUGACCGUGAUGGGAUAUUUGCUUUUGAGACAGACAGCUUGCUGUCAGGUCAGAGCCACACAUCAGGGACAUCUCCUGGACGUUCUUUACAGGGAUCCAUACCGACCUUCAGAAACUGUGUUUUCUCGGGGGACUGCUCCGUGUUUGUCAGCUCUGCUGCCGAGUUUUGUGGUGGUUUGCACCCAGACAAUGACGACAUGAAGACAUGCCUCUUGGGAGCAGGGAAGGGAGUUUUCUCAGCCAUGAAGCUCGGAAAGAUCAAGAGCUCAAAAGACGAUCACAAGAAAGGAGAUGAGCCGGCAGUCCUGGACAUGGAGGACCUGGACAAGAAGGCGAUGCGUCUUGCAGGAGUGCUGGAUCCAGACACCAUCUCUCUGGCCUCUGUCACCGCCGUCACCACAAAUGUCUCCAAUAAGAGGUCAAAGCCAGAUAUCAAGAUGGAACCAAGCUCUGGACGACCAGUGGAUUAUCAGAUUAGCAUCACAGUGAUCGAGGCCCGGCAGCUGCUAGGCCUCAACAUGGACCCUGUGGUGUGUGUAGAGAUUGGGGAUGACAAGAAGUACACGUCCAUGAAGGAAUCCACCAAUUGUCCGUACUACAAUGAGUAUUUUGUCUUUGACUUCCACGUCCCUCCUGAUGUCAUGUUUGACAAAAUCAUAAAGCUUUCGGUUAUUCACUCUAAAAACCUUCUUCGGAGUGGUACCUUGGUGGGAACCUUCAAAAUGGAUGUUGGGACUGUCUACUCUCAGCCUGAACACCAGUUCUACCACAAAUGGGCCAUCCUGUCUGAUCCUGAUGACAUCACAGCGGCAUGUAAAGGAUACAUUAAGUGCGACAUUGCUGUGGUCGGGAAGGGCGACAACAUUAAGACACCACACAAGGCCAAUGAGACAGAUGAAGAUGACCUAGAGGGGAACCUUCUUCUCCCAGAGGGCAUCCCAGCAGAGCGGCAGUGGGCAAGGAUUUAUGUGAAGAUCUACCGCGCAGAGGGCCUUCCUAAAAUGAACACCAGCAUCAUGGCUAAUGUGAAGAAGGCCUUUAUUGGAGAGAACAGAGACCUGGUCGACCCCUACGUUCAAGUGCAAUUUGCUGGGCAGAAAGGGAAGACUUCAGUCCAGAAGAGCAGUUAUGAACCAAUCUGGAACGAGCAAGUCGUCUUCACAGAGCUUUUCCCUCCUCUCUGCAAACGGCUGAAGGUCCAGAUAAGAGACUCCGAUAAGGUCAACGAUGUUGCCAUAGGAACCCACUUUAUUGACCUACGCAAGAUAUCCAAUGAUGGUGACAAAGGGUUCCUGCCCACUCUGGGUCCAGCCUGGGUCAACAUGUACGGCUCCACCCGCCAGUACACUCUCAUGGAUGAGCAUCAGGACCUGAAUGACGGACUUGGAGAAGGUGUGUCCUUCAGAGCCCGUCUACUGCUCUCCGUUGCUGUGGAGAUCCUGGACACCACUUCCCCAGAGAUUAUAAGCUCCACUGAGGUGCAGGUGGACUCUGUCUCCAACAUCUCAGAGAGCGCCACAGGGAAAAUAGAGGAGUUCUUCCUCUUUGGUUCCUUUCUGGAGGCCACCAUGAUUGACAGGAAGAUUGGUGACAAGCCAAUUACUUUUGAAAUCACAAUCGGUAACUAUGGCAACCAAAUAGAUGGCGUAAGCAAGCCAUCAUCAGCAAAGAAAAAGAAGAAAGAUGGAGAAAAUGAAGAGGAGGAGAGCGAGCUCAUCCAGAACUCCAGUGAGGAUGAAGCAGACGAGGACGGGGACCUGGUCUCGGUCUCCUCCACUCCUCUCAUGAGACCUGUCAUCACUGACAGGAAUUACUUCCAUCUUCCCUACUUUGAAAAGAAGCCAUGUGUCUACAUCAAGAGCUGGUGGCAGGACCAAAGAAGAAGACUUUACAACUCCAACAUGAUGGACAAGAUCGCUGAUAAGCUGGAAGAGGGUUUGAAUGAUGUUCAGGAGGUCAUUAAGACAGAGAAGGCCUUUCCAGAGCGUCGACUCAGGGGAGUGGUGGAGGAGCUCAGCAUUGGCUGCAGUCGGUUUGUGACUCUUGCUAACAAGGAUUUGAACCAGGCAGGCAGAACCAAGCUGGAUCGAGAACGGCUCAAGUCCUGCAUGAGAGAGCUGGACAGCAUGGGUCAGCAAGCCAGGCAGAUUCGGACGCAGGUGAAGAAAAACACAGUCAGAGACAAACUCAAACUGGUGCAAAACUUCCUGCAGAGGCUCCGCUUCCUUGCUGAUGAGCCACAGCACAGUAUCCCAGAUGUUUUUGUCUGGAUGAUGAGCAACAACAAGCGCAUUGCUUAUGCCCGGAUUCCUUCCAAAGAUAUCCUGUACUCCAUAGUGGAUGAGGAAACAGGAAAGGACUGUGGUAAAGUCAAAGCUGUCUUUCUCAAGCUGCCUGGUAAAAAGGGCUUUGGUCAUGCAGGCUGGACCGUUCAGGCUAAGCUGGAGUUGUAUCUGUGGCUGGGCCUGAACAAGCAAAGGAAGGACUUCCUUAAUGGUCUGCCUAAUGGUUUUGAAGAGGUCAAAGCUGCUAAAAUGAGCCCUGGUCUUCAGUCUGUCCCCCCUGUCAGCCUUGUCUAUGACAUGAAGCAAGUCUUCCAACUGAGAGCGCACAUGUACCAGGCCCGCAGUCUCUUUGCAGCUGACAGCAGUGGCCUUUCAGACCCCUUUGCAAGGGUCUUCUUCUCUACGCACAGCCAGGUCACUGAGGUUCUGAGCGAGACUCUCUGCCCCACAUGGGACCAGCUGCUGGUGUUUGAUGAUGUGGAGCUGUUUGGGGAGGCCAGCGAGCUAAGAGACGAUCCACCAAUAAUUGUAGUUGAAAUCUAUGACCAGGACACGGUGGGCAAGGCAGAGUUCAUAGGUCGGACGUUUGCAAAGCCCACCAUCAAGAUGUGUGAUGAGCACUAUGGCCCUCCGAGGUUCCCGCCACAGUUGGAGUACUACCAGAUUUACAGAGGGAACUGCACUGCCGGGGAACUGCUGGCUGCCUUUGAGCUGCUACAGAUUGGUCAAGGAGGGAGAGCUGACCUUCCUCCCAUUGAGGGACAGACAGACUCAGAGCGUGGACCGAUUCUCCCUGUGCCACUGGGCAUCCGGCCCAUCCUGAGUCGCUACCGCAUAGAGGUUUUGUUUUGGGGCUUAAGGGACCUAAAGAGGAUUAACUUGGCCCAGGUGGAUCGUCCCCGUGUGGAUAUCGAGUGUGCAGGUAGAGGUGUUCAAUCUGCCCUCAUCCAGAACUACAAGAAAAACCCCAAUUUCAGCACUCUGGUCAAGUGGUUUGAGGUGGACUUGCCAGAGAAUGAGCUUCUACACCCUCCACUUAAUAUCCGAGUGGUAGACUGCCGUGCAUUUGGCCGUUACAUCCUGGUUGGGUCCCAUGCUGUCAGCAGCCUGAGGCGUUUCAUCUACAGUGCCCCAGACAAGACCUCCAGCAACUGGGCCACAGCAGGUGACAUCAUGGUCAACAUGGACUCAGAGGCUGGGGUCCGAAAAAUGGACACAGUUGUCAAGUUAGAUGCUACGUCUGACGCUGUAGUAAAAGUUGACAUGACUGAAGAAGAGAGCGAUAAAGACAAGAAGAAGAAGAAGAAGAAGAAGAAGGGAGGGGUGGAAGAAGAAGAAGAGACAGAUGAGAGUGUACUGGACUGGUGGUCCAAAUAUUUUGCUUCUAUCGAGACACUGAAGGAGACCCUCAGAGCCCAGGAGGCGGCUCAGGCAGAGGCGGAGGAGAGAGAAGACCUGGAGAUAGCAGCAGAAGCAGCAGGUAUUGAACAACAAAUCAACCGGGCUGCCUGCCAGCAAGCCGAUAUGUCUGUGUACAACAAGGAGCUGGAGAGUGAGUAUGGUGACUUUGAGGACUGGCUUCACACUUUCAACCUCUACAGAGGAAAAGCUGGGGAUGCCGAUGAACAGGCUAUGGAUGAUGACAGAAUUGUUGGAAGAUACAAGGGAUCCUUAUGUAUGUACAAACUACCCCUGUCAGAGGAGAUCACAAGAGAGGCAGGAUUUGAUCCUAACAUGGGCAUGUUCCAGAGCAUUCCUCAUAACGAUCCAAUCAAUGUCCUCGUUCGUGUCUAUGUGGUCAGGGCCACAGAUCUUCAUCCUGCUGAUAUCAAUGGAAAGGCUGAUCCGUACGUUGUCAUCAAGCUGGGCAAGUCAGAGGUCAAGGACAAAGAGAACUACAUCUCCAAACAACUCAAUCCUGUGUUUGGCAAAUCAUUUGACAUUGAAGCUACGUUCCCCAUGGAGUCCAUGCUAACAGUGUCUGUGUAUGACUGGGACCUGGUGGGCACAGAUGACCUGAUUGGAGAGACAAAGAUUGAUCUGGAGAAUCGUUUCUACAGCAAAUACAGAGCUACCUGUGGCAUUUCAUCCAACUACUCUGUCCAUGGGUACAAUGUCUGGCGUGAUCCUAUGAAGCCCACUCAGGUCUUGGCGAAACUGUGUAAGGACGGCAAGAUUGAUGGACCUCAUUAUGGUCCUGGAGGAAAAGUGAAGGUGGCAAGCCGCAUCUUCACAGGGCCAACAGAAAUCGAGGAUGAAAACGGUAAGGAAAAGCAAACCGAAGAGCAUUUAGCUUUGACGGUGCUGAACCACUGGGAGGAGAUCCCACGGGUGGGUUGCAAACUGGUACCUGAACACGUGGAGACCAGACCUCUGCUGAACCCUGACAAACCUGGCAUCGAACAGGGGCGCAUUGAGAUGUGGGUGGAUAUGUUUCCUAUGGACAUGCCUGCACCUGGACCUGCAAUUGACAUAUCACCACGGAAACCAAAGAGAUAUGAGCUCAGGGUGAUUAUUUGGAAUACAGACGAAGUAAUACUGGAGGACGAUGAUUACUUCACUGGGGAAAAGUCCAGUGACAUAUUUGUCAGGGGGUGGCUGAAAGGGCAGCAAGAGGACAAACAGGACACAGAUGUGCAUUACCACUCCUUGACUGGUGAGGGAAACUUCAACUGGCGCUUCGUCUACCCCUUUGAUUACCUCAUGGCUGAGGAGAAGAUCGUCAUCUCUAAGAAAGAGUCCAUGUUUUCCUGGGAUGAGACUGAAUACAAGAUUCCACCUCGUCUCACUCUGCAGGUCUGGGAUGCGGACCACUUCUCUGCUGAUGACUUCCUGGGUGCAAUUGAGUUGGACCUAAACCGGUUCCCUCGUGGUGCAAAGACAGCCAAGCAGUGCUCUAUUGACAUGAUCCGGAACGAGCAGGAGCUGCCAACCAUCUCCAUCUUCAAACAAAAAAGGGUCAAGGGAUGGUGGCCUUUCGUGGCCCGUGAUGAGAAUGAUGAGAUGGAGCUCACGGGUAAGGUUGAAGCUGAGCUCCAUCUGGUCACAGCAGAGGAAGCAGAGAAAAGUCCUGUAGGACUGGGACGAAAUGAGCCGGAUCCGCUGGAGAAACCAAACCGCCCAGACACCACCUUCCUGUGGUUCCUGAGCCCGCUGAAAGCCAUCCGCUACCUGGUGUGCAACCGUUACAAGUGGCUGAUCAUAAAGAUCGUGCUGGCCCUGCUGCUGCUGAUCAUGCUGGGCCUCUUCCUCUACAGCAUGCCGGGCUACCUUGUCAAGAAACUAUUGGGAGCCUGA